AUGCUAGAGUCGAAAUCUAAAACAAGAUUACCCCAGAUGGGUAGAGCUCAAGUCUCAGAAUCCCAUCCCGCUACAAAUUCGGGCAGCCUCACGGAUUCUGGGGGAGGCAAGAAAUCGACAAACUACAACAAACAAAAACGAAAACGAACACAGAUUAUAUCCAUUGCCACUUAUAAUAUUAGAACGAUGAGAACAAAUGACCACUUGGAAGAAUUUGAACAAGAACUGGGAAAUAUUAAUUGGGACAUAGUAGGCCUAUGCGAAACAAGGUUGCAAGGAGAAAAAAUGACAACUCUAAAUUCUGGACACGAUCUGUUUCAAAACAACUCAGAAACAAAUCAUAGCCAAGGAGGAGUAGCUUUUAUUGUAAAUAACAAAUUCAAACACCUCGUCACUAAAUAUCAUUCAGUAUCAAAUAGAGUGAUAUAUCUAAUAAUACGCUUAAACCAAAGAUACAGUAUCCAGCUGAUACACUGCUAUGCACCUACAAGCUCAGCGAGCAGUGAAUUGAUCGAGGAAUUAUAUGAAGACAUUAGCCGACAUUUAAUCAUAACUGGGGACUUUAACGCCAAGAUAGGGAAGAAGCAACCGGGUGAUACAAACUACAUAGGAAACUUUGGUCUCGGGGAACGGAACGAUAGAGGAGACAUGCUUGUAAACUUUGUCAACAACGAAAAAUUAUACUGUAUGAAUACUUUUUAUCAAAAACAAACUCAGAAAAAAUGGACAUGGCGGAGUCCAGACGGACGAGUAAAAAAUCAAAUAGACUUUAUCCUCACCAACAAGAAUACAAUCUGUAAAGACGUCGAUGUUUUAAACAGUUUUCAUACAGGAAGUGACCACAGACUAGUACGCGCCAAAAUACAAAUUUAUACUAAUAUAGAAAGGAGAAAAUUAAUUACCAGAUCAAUGUUUCCUACAAGGGACGCUCUACAACUAAAUCAGAAAACCUAUCAAAAAGAGCUUGAAAAGAGACUAAAGCCACAGACACUCAGAGAUCAAGACCCCAACGACAUUCUCAAUAAUCUAAGGCAGGGCAUAACUACAGCAACAAAGAAAAUAUGUAACAAACAUGAAAUUAGAAAUGAAAUUCACAAAUUCUACGAACAACUUUAUCAGUCUGUUAUACCAAACAAAGAUAGAGUACAAAAACACAUCACAAACGUAGGAUCAGAAGAUAUGCCGGAAAUAUCAACCACAGAAAUUAAAUACGCACUUCAACAAAUAAAAAAUGGCAAAAGCCCAGGAGAAGAUCGUAUUACACCUGAAAUGCUGCAGAUGGGCGGAAAACCAUUAGUGGAUGCCGUGGAAGUAUUGUUAAAUAAAUGUCUGAUGGAGGAUGUUUAUAGAAAACCCACAACUCACCCGAACGCGUCCCGAACAUAG